AUGGAUGCCGAGAAGAUCAACGAUCAGGAGGUGAAAAUUCUGGAGGCGUCGCUGGCUUCGGUGCCGAUAUUUCAGGGAUGCGAGGAGUUCUUGAUAAAGCAGAUCGCCAAGAAGGCGCAGUGCCGACGCUACGACGGCCACGAGGAGAUCGUCUUCUCGGACCAGGUCCCUCUGCUGGUGGUCCUGUCGGGAGCGGUUCGCAUCUGCAUCGGCUGCGCUCCAGACACGGAUGCCGGGCCCGGGAGCGUGCUGAACGUCCCAGGGAUGCUGGGCUUGCACGAGCUGGCGGAGCCCUACAAGCCAAAGGCAGGGAAGCCGGCAAGCGAUCCCAACGACGAUUUGGAUGACUGCGUGUCCAUGGAUCCAAAGACGGCCCAAGGCCCUCUGAAGGACGAGGUUCAGAACAUCUACAACCUUUGUCCCAUCAGCUGCUAUAGCAGCCAGAAGCAGACCAACCUCUCUGGCUGGCUCCGCAUGGACAUCAAACCAGCAGAUAGUGCGGGGGCGAAGGUUGCGAUGGUCUCGCUGGACUUGGUUGAGAAGGUACUGGCCAAAGGCGACGCCUUGCGACCCUUUCAUGCAAACUUGUCCAGAUUGACGGACCAGUUCAUCUGCAUCCUGCGGCACGGCAUGUUCCCCGGCGUCCCGCCGGAGGUUAUCUGGCUGAUUGCCUGCGGAACACAGCGGCGACACUAUGCCCCAAAGGAGACCCUUGUAGAGGAGGACGACCUGGGAGAGCUGGCAGAUUGGCUGAUUGCCAUCAACAGUGGCAAGGCAGAUGUGGAGAAGCUCAGCUACAAUGGCGAGGAGGCAGUACCGCAGACGAUUGGCUCCCUCAGCGAAGGGGCUGUCAUGGGGGACGUCUGCUUCUUGCACGGCGGGGUGCCGCGGGGCGCCACUGUGCGUGCACAGACGGAGGUGGACGCCAUUGCCAUCCCACCGAGUGUGAUUCUGGAUGCGCUAGCCAUGUUUCCUGGGAUCACCAGCAGCUUCAUGGGGAGGCUCCGGGAGAUCGUGAUGCAGCUCCAGGGCAGCCUCCCUCGCCCCGCGCAAGCCCUCAAGGGGAUGCAGAUCUUCUCCAGCUGUGACCUGGCCUUCCUCCGAGCAGUGGCCUCCGUCUCCGAGCGGAAGGUCUUCUUCGCAGGCGACCAGGUGCGGGAGGAGGGGAUCAUAGAUGACACCCUGCGAGUGAUCGAGUUUGGGCGAUGCCGCGUCGAACGGCGACGCGAGGGCGGUUGUGGCGUCGAAUUCUGCGGCUCCUGCGAAGUGGGCACCGUGCUGGGGGAACGAAGGUUCUUCAACAUGCCGUCCAUGUGGCCAGACGCCACCUUCAGGAUUGCCACGCCCUUGGCCCUGCUCCUCUUCAUCCCGAGGCAGUCUUUCAACGGUGUCCUGGACAACUACCCCUCCGAGCAGCAGAGAUUUCGCCUCGUGAAGGAGAACACCAAGACAGACGGAGGUAAUGCGAAGCGGGAACACGAUGCGGCCAGCCUCACCAUUCUGCAAGGAUGUGGGUCAGGCUUCCUCCAGGCAAUUGCAGGCUGCAUCCGUACGGUGACCUACAAGAUUGGUCAGACGAUCACCGUGCAGGGGGCCGUGGAUUCGGGCUCCAUGUACAUCAUCAAAGGAGGGUCUGCCGAAGUCUUCGUCAAUCACCGCUACGUCAAAGACGUCCAUGCGGGAGACAGCUUUGGGGAGCUAACCAUUCUGGGCUUCGUGAAGCGACGGAGUGCCGUGGUCCGCGCAAAGGAGAUUUGCAUCGUCCUGGAGAUGCCAAGGGCGGCCUUUAUUGCAGCUUUGGAGGAUCACCCGGAGGAACAAGAGCACUUCCAGAAGAUCGGACGUCAACAUGGCGUCGUGGUCUCGAGCACACAGUGGCCCUUAUUCGUCGGCGCUUCGCCCAAACUGCUUUCGUUGAUCAACCUCUAUGCGAGGAAGCACAUCACCGCCAAGGGGCUUUGGUCCACCUUCAACGGGGAGCAGCUGCCGGAGCAGGCAGCCAUCCUGGUCCUCAGAGGAGAGAUUCGGAUGAUCACUCCGGACAAGGGCGAGCUGGUCUUCGUGGAGGGCACCUGCUUCAACGAGCAGCUGCUUUUCGGGCUUCCGCCCCUGGAGGGCAAACUGCAGCCACAGGGAAACUGUGAGGUCCAGAUCAUGACCGCGGAGAUCUUCGACAGGGUCGUGUCAGAGUGCCCAAGCGAGAGGGACUUCAUCAUGCAGCGCAUCGUCAACGAGAUCGCCCGGAAAGCUGAACAAACGAUGGGCUUCCAGCGAGGCGACUUGGGUGGAGCGUUGGUCCUCUCCACGGUGAUCCAGGUCGCCGCAGACGAGUUCGCGGACCAGCUUCGGAAGCGGAUUGACGCGCGGAUCUACGAGCCGGGGAUGAUGCUCACAGACGUGGGACAAGAAGGGGAAACCAUGUUCGUGCUCGUGGAGGGCGAGGCUGAGAACGAGGGCGAUGGCACCUGCCGCGGUCGGGCGCUUCGGCUGAAAUCUGGCAGUGUCAUCGGAGAAUCUGUGCUACUGGGCGUGGCGCGCACGUACCCCAACCGGAUCCGCGCCGUGACGCGCUGCAUCGCGCUCGCUCUUACUCGAGCGGUCUUCCGGCAGGUGCUGGAGGAAUUCCCUUCGCAUGUGGAGCUGUACAGCCACAUGUCUUCCGCGAAUCCCGAACAGAGCGAGCCCAGCAAGAGCGCACUGGAUCUACAGGAGCACCUGCACAAGAGCCGUGCUUUCUCCAAUGUCAGCAAGGACUUCCUUUCCGUGGUAUGCGAGCGAGCCGACGAGGUUUACUUCGGCCCCGGCGACGACAUCUUCCGGCGUGGCGAGGUGUGCAAGCUUGGCGAAGCCAUCAUGUACAUCUUGCUGCAGGGAGCGGCCAUCGUCGAAGGAGAGUACGGCGACGAGCUCGGCAGGUUGAACCCCGGGGACGUGGUGGGGGAAGGCGGUGCCCUGGGCAUCGCACCGACUCGCGGCGCCACGGUUCGCGCUUGGCGCGACACGCUGGUGCGCGCUGUGAGGCUGCAUGGAACCUCCAUUCAAAGGGCCAUCACUGCUUUUCCUGAUGAGUACGAGUCUCUCCAAGCCAUCUUCCAGAAGCGUGCGUCCGCCAACAAGGAAGUGGAGCGGGUGAGGCAGAAGUGGCUACAAGAGCAAGUCAUCCCAGCCCUCAACAAGUGUCGCAUAUUCAACGGCUUUCCGGAGCACAUCAUUCGAAAGAUCGCCGAGCACCUGCUGCAGGCGACCUACACGAGUGGCCAAAUCGUCUGUGUCGCCGGCAACGGGGCAGAUUCCAUGAUCAUCUUCCUGAAGGGCGAGGGCGAGGUCCAUGCGAAGUCAGGAGACCUGAUCGGAACGAUCACGCCUGGUGCGAUGAUUGGAGAGGUCUCGGUCCUCGGCCUUUUCCCCUGGCGAACGGCGACGAUCCGCGCCACGAGCAACGCAGAUGCCGUGCUGAUCACCGCCAACCUCAUCACUCGGAUUUUGCAGGGCGAUGAUGCGGCCGAGGCCCGAGCCCGCUUCGAGGCACUGCGGCAGGAGAGGUGCGAUCAGGUGGAACAAGGCAUGCCACUGUGCACCCUGCCCCUGGAUGUCAGCGUCAAGGACGUGGCGGCACGGGCUGUGGCUUUGCAUGCCAUUCGCUUUGACUUCGCGACUGGCGACGUCUUCAAGCCUAACUCCAAGUCGCAGGGGCCACACUACUGGAUACUUGUUCAAGGAACGAUGAACCUCAUGAUGGGAAGCCGCCAUAUCAUGCUCUUCAGCGCUGGCCCAGUCAAUCCUUUGAUCCCGGAGCAUGUCGCACAGGAUUUCGGUGCGACGCUGCAUGCGGCGACCCCAUGCGAGGCGUAUCGUGUCGGCCUGUACGACAUCCUCCUGGCCACACAUUGCGUCCGAGCGAAGUGGUACAAGCACUUUGAGAAGCUGCUCGAGGAGGUCCAGGUGAAGGUGCGGCUGAAGCUACAGGGAGCCCGCUCCAUACAAACCAUGAAGCUCAAGAAAUCCCGAACGGAGGUUAGCCUGCAUCCGAUGAAGAAGGAGGAGGAAGGCCUGCCGGCAGCGCUUUACCUUGAGCCUCAAAUUUCUGACCAGCUUGUCUGUGAAGUGUCAUAG